AUGUCAGAGUCAUAUGAUAUAUCAAGAAUAACUCAAAUAUUGCAAAUUCCUUCAAGACUUCGUAGUGAAGAAGACAUUGCUUAUCUGAUGUCUCUUACAUCGAAAAUAGACUUUUUUAAGAAAAUAACUGAAGAGCAAAGAUCAUCUGAAAUUCAUAAAGCAUGCUGCCAAGUAAUGACAUAUGAGGAGCGUAAUCCAGGAGAUAUAAUUGUAAAAUUCGGAGAAAACGGCUAUAAUUUUUAUAUCAUCCUUCAAGGGUCAGCAUCAGUAAAUAUUCCUAGAAAGAAAAAGGUCACAAUAGAUCUCAGCGAUGUAGAGGCAGAAAAGUUUAGAAAGAUUUUAUCAACGCUUAAUAAAGAGGAAGAUGACAUAUCUGAAAUAAGGCUUGAUUCAAAAUUAAGGAAGAGAAGAGGAGGGGCAAUUUUCAAUGCGGUUGAUCUUAUAUCACUUAAUACUGCUAUGCAAGUAAAGGAAAAUGAAGACAGUGAUAAUCAGCAGUUAAAUGGAAUUUUGAAAAUAAAUGAUUUAUUUAAAGACAAACUUGAUGAAGAAAAAGCAAUAAUUCUGGAUUUUUUGUCUAAACAAAAUCCAGAGGCAAGAGUUGUAAAAUUAGAAACUGAGGAGUUAAACAAAGUUGCUAUCAUAAAGGAAGGAGAAUCCUUUGGAGAAUUGUCUUUAAUAAGUGAUAAACCUAGAGCUGCUACACUUAUUGCAGAAAAAAAAAUAAUUUUGGGAGUCAUAUCAAAGCCAAAUUUUCAAAAAAUUCUUGGAAAAUACGAAGCAAAAAGGCUUAAUGAAAAAAUCGAAUUUCUUCAAUCUUUGCCAAUAUUUUCGAACUGAAGUAAACUUGCUUUAUAUAAAUUAGGACUCUAUUUUUCAAGAAUUUUAUACAAGAAACAUCAAUUCGUAUAUAAAGAAGGAGAACUAGCCAACAAUGUGUAUUUUGUUAAAUCCGGAGAAUUUAAGGUAAAUCUAAAUUAGAUUACAAAAAUCCACAGUGAGCUGAAAGGAGUUGUUGAUACUUCAUCAAUUGAAGCUCAAGGAAGCCGAAUAAGUAGUAAUGGCUCUGUUCUUAGACUUGGGAAAAUGAGGAAAAUUGGUAUCCAAAAACAAUUACAAUUAGUAAUCAAAGGAAAAAAUGAAAUGAUAGGAAUGGAAGAAGCUAUGGAAAAUUUUGAAAAAAGGAUCCAUUCUUGCCAAUGCUGAUCUGAUGAAGGUGAAUUAUUAUGCAUAAACAGAGAUGUAAUUAAUAAUUAGAAUUUGACCGUUGGAAUAACUUAUCCUGAAACAUGAACCCAAAUAAGAGAUAAACACAAUGCAAAUAAUGCAUUUUUUAAGCGAUAAAUAAAAUGGCAUUCUGUUUGAGAGAAAUUAGCUCUGCUAAUUUUCUCUCCCUCAUGGAAUUUUAUUUAUGGGGGUGAGUUUUACCUCGAGAAGUUCUUGAUAGCAAUAGCGGUUUAACUCUGGGGAUAGCCAGAGGAACUGCUCCUCAGUGCAUUCAAGAGGCUCAGGUUUUUACCUCCCAGCACAUCCCCACGGGAGGAUGACCCUUAGGAACACGAGCAGGAUCUAAUUUCAGGAAGAGCGACGGCAACGCGCCGGGUGAGAUGUGCGGCGAACUGAGGGUAGAGCUUCGUAGAAGGCCUUACCGGUGGGGGCUGACCACCGUAAUCCCAAGAAGGUUCGGUGACGUCACAAAUUGGCUUAGUCCACAUUUAACUAUAGGGAGUGGGCAGUAGACUCCUUAAAUAUCAAGUAACUAAGUAAGUAUUAAAUUUUUCAAGCAAAGAGUUUCACAAUUAAUAAAAAUUGAGCGAGCAAAAAGAUCAUUGGAUUUAAGCGCAUUUAGUAAAAUACCUGUUAAAUUCUUGGAAAAACUGGAAAAAGAAAAAGAAGAAAAUGAAAAAUUAAAAGAGCUAGCUCCAAGUGUACAGGAAAAGCCUGUAAAGGAAACUAGAUCUAGUCUUCCAGAUAAAGAAAUUAAUCAUUCUCCAAGAAUAAUGCUCCCUGAACUUAAAAGGUUCAGAACUUCUCCAAGUCCAAGCCCCUCUCCAAGCCCAGAAAGAGUAAAAACUGAAGAGUCACCUGUCUUCAAAGAAGACAGGUCAAUAAUUUUCUAUAAUAGAAUUAUUGAUACUGGGCUAUCAAAUCCUGAUAGUCCACAAACUCCUCAAAGCUUUACCCCUGGAAUUAAAAAUAGAAAUAAAUCAAAUCCCCAUAAAAAGAUAGUUCAUAGAAGAGGCGCUCCACCUAAUUUCUUGAGAAAUUAUAAACAAGCUAUUUCUAAUAGAAAAGCUGAUAAUGCAAUAAUAGAAGAAAUUAUUAUGAAAUAUAAAGAUGAUCUAGAUCAAAGCUUGAGAAAAUGCUCACUCCGCCUUUAAGAGCAAGCCAAAGAUCAAUUUUUAAGAAAUUUAACCCUUUAAGAACUAGCAAAAAAUGCAUAAUAUAAAAUUAUUUUGUAUCAAAUAUUUUAAUAGUUAUAAGAGGCUAUUGAAUUUUAGACAGCCUGCAUUCUUUGAUUUAAUAAAUUUGAGAAUUUUUAAAAUUUGAAAAAUUUUGUUUUUUCAUAAGGGGGAUGUCAGCAGAUACCAAGAGAGAAGAUAAUAGUUAUUUUCUUUAA